CCUCCAUGGGAAGGAGAUUCGCACGAGGGGAAUACAGAUUACUGAGUAUUGUUGGAUGAAAGAACGGUUUGACAUUCGACGAAAUGGCUUCAUUUAGUACCAAGACUAAUAAGAGGUUUAUGGUUGGAGAUCACUCUCAAAGAUCAUCCUCUGAAGCUAUCUUAACAAGGUUGCAUGAAAAAGCCAAAGCAAGAAAAAGAAAAAGUCUUGAGCAGGCAUCGACGGACACCAACAGUAGCAGCAAAAUCCUUGCAGAAGUUUCCCAUGAUGAAAUUUCCGAGAAGGCAGAAGAAACACCGGCCAAAAGGGGAGCUGGUGAAAAGACAAAGAAGAAGAAAACGUCAGCCAAGAAGAAAAGUCUAGCACCGAAGGUCAUCUUAAAAAAGUUGUACGCAAAGGCUAGAGACCGUGAAACUGCUAUAAAAGCUAGAGACGGCAGCAAAGAGAUCAAACAAAGUAAAACAGUCGAGCAAGCACUGUUAACAAGUAGUAGCAGUGAGUUGGUCAAAACAUCAGAUACGACAACACAAAAGACUCCAAAGGACAAAGUUAAAAAGAAGAAGAAAAAGCUGAGUGCUGCUUCAAGCUAUGAACUGAAAAGUGAACUUCCUGACGAAAAGGCAAUUGUUGAAGAUCUUGAAGAGAGUCCUUUAAACUCCAGUUGUGACGCUAAAGUGGCUAAACAGAAAGUAAAGAGCAAAACUACUUCAAAGACUCGUAAGCGGAGUACAAUUCCAUCCGAUUCUAAAAGAGCAAAGAAAAGAAAAGUUGAUGAGAGCUCUUCAGGCAUCGCUGAGACUCAAUCAUCAGAAGGGAGUGAUGAAGAAGAAGUUUCAUCUUUAAGAAAUGGCUCCGGUGAGGAUGUUAACAAAGAUGGUUCAUCAGAUGUUAACAACGAAGAUGAAUCUGUGAACAACAAACGUGUCAAAAAGAUUAAAAAGAUUAAAAAGAGUAAAAAGGGUGAUGUGAUUAUCCCAAAUGAAGAUGAUGGUAACCAUAGUAACGUAACUGAGGAAAUGGAAAUUGGAGUUGACGUUGAAAAGGAUGAUGACACUGAGGUAGAUGUAGGUCAUAGGUCAAAGUCUGCCAUUUCUGAUGAUGAGAUUGAGGAUGAACAAGAAAUGGCAGAGGACUUUACAAUUCUAGGUGACAAGAAAAAUAAGAAGAAACAGAAGAACUUUGACCAGGUCACUAGAGUGCUUCCUGAUUGGUUGGCUCGUCCAAUGCUGAUUGAACAUGACCUUCAGAAGCACAGUGUAGAUGUGGACAAGAUGAAACAACUGGAUUCACUGCUUGUGAAGAGACUACAGGAUGAUGGUGUGAUGCGUCUUUUCCCUGUGCAACGACACGUGAUACCAGUGAUUCUUGAUUCAGUUAAACUAGGCAUUCAAACUGGAGAUGUAGGUUACCGUCCAAGAGAUGUAUGUGUCUCUGCACCUACCGGUAGCGGUAAAACCCUGGCAUUUGCAAUCCCUAUUGUUCAGGCCCUGCUUUACAGAGUGGUACCCCGUAUCCGUGCUCUGGUUGUCCUGCCAACCCGUGAUCUAGCCCAACAGGUCCACAAAGUCUUCACUUCACUCUGUAAAGGAACCAGUCUUAAACCUGCUCUGGUUGGUGGUCUGAAGAAAUUUGGCCAGGAGCAAAGAAUGUUGGUUGAGACAAGUAAUGGAGAGACCCAGUGUGACAUAGUAGUGGCUACCCCGGGCAGGCUUGUGGAUCACAUUAAUAAGACUCAAGGCUUCUCUCUCCAACAUCUCAGAUUUUUGGUUAUUGAUGAGGCUGAUCGAAUGAUGGAUCAGAUAUCUCAGGAUUGGAUUGCUCAAGUAGAGAAGUGUGCAUACAAGGAUAGUAGAAGGCAAACUCCAGGACCAAUAACAGUAGCUAGCUGUUCAAAGAUUCAAAUGCCACUUCAGAAGUUGCUGUUUUCUGCAACCCUCUCUCAGAACCCAGAGAAGUUGACCCAGCUCAAUUUAUUCCAGCCUCGUUUGAUAACAUCUGUUGUGACGUCGAAGAAUAGAAGAAAACAGAAGCAGGUGGAUGGUCAGGAAGCUUUGGAGGAAAGAGGGGAGUUUGUUGGAAAGUUCACCACUCCAUUUGGACUCAAAGAGCGUUACAUCCAGUGCACGCCUGGCGAGAAACCCUUAGUCGUUCUUCAUCUCAUCCAGUCCCUGAAGCUCUCUCAGAUCCUGUGUUUCGCAAACACCAUUGAAUCCACACAUCGUCUCUACCAUCUACUCAAGCUGAUUGGAGGGAUUGAGGUUGCAGAGUUUUCAUCCAAUCAAACGGCAGGACAAAGACGGCAGAUACUCAAGCAGUUCAAAGCUGGCAAGAUAGAACUGUUAAUUUGUUCGGAUGCAAUGGCUCGUGGAAUGGAUAUAGAGAAUGCUAGAUACGUCAUCUCAUAUGACAUGCCACCUUACAUCAAGACGUAUAUACAUCGGGUUGGUAGGACGGCUAGAGCCGGCAAGACAGGAGUAGCUUAUUCAUUGCUUCAAGAAUAUGAGGUUCCCAAAUUGUUGAAGAUGCUGGAGCAUGCUGGCAAGACUAACAUGAUAAAGCAUGACGUUGAAGAAGAUGAGAUGGAAUAUCUGGUAGAGUCAUAUGAGAAGGCUUUGCAGAAACUACCAACAAUCUUACAGGUGGAGAAGCAUUAUUCCAUGUGAGGUAUCAUGGAUUGAUCUACCGGCCGUUAUUCUUGGGGUUCCCCCUAGGGAAUAGAGUAGUGUGAAAAGGGCUGAAGUUAAAGGAACUCGCUGACUUGGAAAAAGUGUUUGAAACAGUUUGUUAUGAAAUACAUUAUGGUUAGAAAGAUAUCUUAAAAGAGGAAUACAAUGAUCCACACAAGUAUCACUCGAAAUUGCACGGUUUUCGUUUUCGAUGCGAGCUAACACCAUCUGCCCUUUUUUUGAGUCAAAAUUUUGGCUCCACAAAAUGGCCGACCGUGUUGCUUCGCGACGCAUAAG